AUGCCUAGAGGUCAGAAGAGUAAGCUCCGUGCCCGUGAGAAACGCCGCCAGGCCCGGGGUGAGACCCAGGCUCUGAAGGAUGCUGAGGCUACUGCAGCAGCAGCAGGAGAGUCCCCCUCCACCGCCUGUCCUCUCUCUGGGGGUAGACCUGCUGCUGCGACUCCUAGCUAUCCUCAGGGAACCUCAUCUUCCACCAGUGCUGAUGCAGCUCUUUCAUGCACCGAUGAUUCAGAUGAAGGUGCCAGAAGCCAAGAUGAGGGAAGCCCCAGAUCGUCUAAUGGUGCUGAGGUCUCAUACAGAGACCCAUUAAACAAGAAGGUAGUUUUGUUGGUGCAUUUCCUGCUGCAGAAAUAUCAAAAGAGAGAGCCAGUUAGGAAGGCAGACAUGCUGAAGCUUGUCAUCAAAAAGUACAAGUAUCAUUUCAAUGAGAUCCUCAAGAGAGCCUCUGAGCACAUGGAACUGGCCUUCGGGAUUGAUUUGAAGGAAGUGGAUCCCAUCCGGCACUGCUACGCCCUCGUCAGCAAACUCGACCUCACUGUCGAUGGCACGAUGCAUGAAGAAGAGAACAUACCCAAGACUGGCAUCCUGAUGAUUGUGCUGGGUGUGAUCUUCAUGAAAGGCAACUGCGCCCCUGAGGAGCAAGUCUGGGAAGUCCUGAAUAUGAUGGGCGUCUAUGCUGACAGGAAGCACUUCAUCUAUGGGGAGCCCAGGAAGGUCAUCACCCAAGAUUUGGUGCAGCUAAAGUACCUGGAGUACCGCCAGGUGGCCAACAGUGAUCCUCCACGCUAUGAGUUCCUGUGGGGCCCGAGGGCCCAUGCUGAGACCAGCAAGAUGAGAGUCCUAGAGUUUUUGGCCAAGGUUCAUGAUACUGUCCCCAGUGCCUUCCCGUCGUGGUACGAAGAGGCUUUGAAAGAUGAGGAAGAGCGAGCCCGAGCCCGAGCCACAGCCAGGGCUCGGACCGCUGCCAUGGCCAGUGCACGCUCCAGGGCCUUGACCAGCAGCUUCUCCCACCCUAAGUGA